UGCAAGUAAGCCUCAACAAUCGGGGGUGCUUGCCCUGCAGAUGAACGUAACUUGAACAGUAGACUGCCAUCGCUCCUGCGAAGACAUUGGGUCGCAAAGCAACCUUACCUGCUGCAGCGUCGAUUCUAUUAUUGCUCGUGUGCGUUUCGAUACUAGCUGCUAAAUAAAUCCUUUACGAGGCUGACGCUGCGAUCGUCCUACUUGCUCACUGUGCCUGUCUGUGUCUUUGUCGCGUGCGCGUCCAUUCGCAAAUUGAUUUGCAGCGACCAAUCGAAUUUAACGAUCGCAACUGCUACACUAUAACGUAUAUCGACAGUCCUCCGAUGACGAGAUAACCCUAUUUAUAGAGCAACAGAAGGAAAACUAGUGUGAGAGACAAAACUAUUUUACGCUUCACUGCUCUUCUUUUUAGCGGCUGAAUUCUGGACGAACUCAAGGAAUUUAAAUGUUCAUCACGACAGGAUAUGGGGCCUCUGGAGGCGUAUCACUACCUCAUGGAGGAAAUAUCAGAUCCACGGGUGGUUGAUUGGCCAAUGAUGGCUAACCCAUUUCCAGUGUUGAUAAUUCUACUAGCUUAUCUACUUUUCGUAUUGCACGUGGGUCCAAGGUACUUGCGAGAUCGUCAACCAUAUAAUCUUUAUAAAUUUAUGAUAGGUUACAAUGUUGCUAUCGCCAUCUGCAGCGCUGCAGUUUUUUACGGGCUUUUAACAUCUGGUUUCACAACUAAAUUAUCAUGGGGGUGCGAGCCUGUAGAUUAUUCUCUAAAUCUAGAUGCCAUAAGUAUGGCAAGAUGGGUAUGGUGGAUAAUGUUGUUGAAAAUUGCUGAACUCGGUGACACCGUUAUUUUCGUCCUGAGGAAGAAAUACAAUCAGUGCUCAUUCCUGCACAUUUAUCAUCACGUCACUACCGUUGCUCUUGCUUGGAUAGCCUGCAAAUACGCUCCAGGCGGUAUGUGGACUUUCAUAAUGAUGCCGAAUUGUCUGGUACACGUGAUAAUGUACACAUACUACCUCCUUGCAUGUUUGGGACCGAGGAUACAAAGGAAGCUAGCACCAUACAAGCCUUACUUGACGAUGCUACAGCUGGUUCAAUUCGUAAUAAUGGUAAUCCAUACAUCCCAAGCACUACUGCCAUCAUGUGAACCAAGAAAGAAGCCUCUAGCUUAUAUCUACAUGGCCAACGUUCUCAUCAUAUUCUACUUGUUUUGGGACUUUUAUAAGAAGGCUUAUCUCACAAAGAAAACUAUUUAAUCGGAAAAUUCCACCAUGAUUCCGCGAAAAACUAAGUGGAAGUUAUAAAAGUGCCACAAAUUAAUACUACAAGGAAUGAAAAGAACAACAAAUGAGAAACAUUUAAUUCUGUAUAUCUAAUCAACGAAGUGAAAUCACGCAAAUGUCACAAGCGCAAUUCACCGUUUUUGGCACAUUUUUGUACUUUCGUAAAAAAAAGAAACAUCUAUAGCUUGUUAAAAAAAUAAGUAAAUCUUUGAAUGUACUCUCUCUCUCUCUCUCUCUCUCUCUCUCUCUCUCUCUCUCUCUCUCUCUCUCUCUCUCUCUCUCUCUCUUUCUGUUUUAAUAUAUUUCAUUAAGAUAUCCUCAAAUACAUGUUUUUCUCGUGCGAAUAUCAAAGCGUUGUAGUUAACAUUUAUUUGAAAGAUAAGAUGUUCUAUAUACACACGUACGUACGUACGUACGUGUGUAUGUGUAUAUAUAUAAACGCACGUACAAGAGAGAGGGAGAGAGAGAGAGAGAGUUACUAAAUCACUUCUUUCCACAAGGGGUUGGCAAUUAACGUGCAAACAUCGUCGCGGGACCAACGUUUGCCGCGAAGUCACUGCCGCCGCUUUUCUCUCUGUCUUAUUUCCUCUCACAUACACAGCUUCAUUACUGGUCAUGGCGUCCCCUCUUUUCCUCUUUUGCCUCUAUCUCACUCACUCGUUAUACACACACACGCACGCACACGCGCGCACACACACGCAGGAGUAGCAAAUGUGUUUAGAUAUGUGUGGUUCUCUGCAUGUGUGCGUGUGUGUGUGUGUGUGUGUGGGUGUGUGUAUGCGCGCUUGUACAGUGCUGCAGAAGCCGCGCGUGGCUUGCAAAAUUAACAUGGUGGAUUAGUGUGUCGCUGGCUUUAAGUCGACACGCAUGGCUGCACGCCGAUAAGACUUUAUUAACACCAACGUCAUUUAUAUACAUGCGAGCAUGUUAUGUCUUUUUAAAAACUACUAUCAUGUGCCUUUUUAUAUCCACGCAAACAUUUUAUUCUCGCACUUAUAUAGUCAAGUGCUGUAAUAUCAUUUUACUAUUUUUCUUGCGAUGGUGUUAUUGCUUUAUUCGUAAGGUGAAGACAUAGUAUUUGAUACAUUGCGUGAUAAGGACUGUUGCUAAUUAUAUAUUUAUGUUGCAGUUGAAUUUUCUUUUCACGUGAGAUUAUGUCAUUGUUGAUGCUUGUUUAACAACAUUAUUUUAGCUUUGUAAAAUGAUUAUAUAUCGUUAAAUACUUCAAAAAUUUAUUUUCCUCUACAAAACGUAUAUUGAAAUGUUGUUUAUAAUUUUCUCUUUUGUAUUAUUCAAUGUUAAAACAUGACUUUUCAAUUUAUCCAUAGAAUGUACGUAUGUAUAAAAAAGAAUUCUAACAAUUGUUUGGUGAUAUAGUGGUACUUUGAUGCAAUUCAUAACGUGCGCGCAGUUGCAUUAUAGUGAGCUUUGCUUUUUAUGUCAUAAUGUGAAUAUACUUAAGACUUUUCUAUUUUACAACUAUACGUAUAACGUACUUUCCACAAAUUACAAAUUUAACACACUAAAACGAGGCUUCAUUAAAAUUUUGAGAUUGAAAUUGUUUGACGUGAUAUUUUACUAUCAAUAUAUUAAUAUAAAGAGAUAUGAAUAUUACAAAUAAAGCACACAUAUAUUCGGACGCUUUUUCGAUUAUAUCUAUAUAAUACACCACGUGCCUACGACAGACUGUUAUCAUAAAAUUUUUAUAAGGUAAGUUAGGUGAGUGUAUGUUCAAUCAAUCAUUGAUAUUUAUUUGAUGGGUUUACAAGAAUUUUUUCGGUGCAUCUAUACUAGUCUGACACAAUAACAGUAGACUAUCUUUGAAACAUAAUAAAUCAGUUAUUUUAAUAGUCGUCUAUCAUGACUCAGUAUUAGUAUACUAUUAUUGCUCAUUAUAAAAGAAAAAAAUUAAAUAAAAAAACAGAUAGUUUGUAAGUUUAUUUGUAUUGUAAAUUUUUGUAAAGAAUUAAUGUUAAAUUAAUGUUUUUGUAGUAUACUUUAGAUAUUAACAUGUAUUUGGAAUAUCGGACCAUGGAGAUAAAUAAUUUUUCUUCAAAAUAUGUGUUACGAAAAUAACGAAGCUACAAUAAAUAUAACAGGCACAUAUUAUUUGCAAUAAAUACAUUUCUAUUAUCAAUCGAAAAAUACAAAUGCAUGUAUCAUAUGGAAGACGUAGUUAAAAAAUAAAUUCUUUAAAUAGAAAAUAAUUUCUAGUUUUGUCGACUAUUUAAGAAUUAAAAAAAUAAAUGUCUUUUAGUUUCUCACUAGUGCUCACAAUUAAAUCUUUUGCC